GUUACUGGAUACCUGUGGCUGCUGCUGCACCUACUACUUGAUCACCUUGUGCUUCUUAUGACUACUCCAUCCAGCUAAACUUCCCUGUCGCUUCCCCAUGGCCGAGCCCCGGAUCUCCCACUGCAAUGGAACCCACUCAGGACACAGGGAACCUCUAAAGAACGGACUGCACAAGAAGAACGGGCUCUGCAAGGCAGCGCAGCACAAUGGAACAGCAAAUGACACCCUAUACAAGAAGCCAUUUUUGGAAUCGUUUGAAGAAGCCCCAAUGUAUGUUGCUGUGCUCACCUAUAUAGGAUUUGGAGUUGUGACGUUGUUUGGCUACCUGCGAGACUUUAUGAGAGCGUGGGGUCUCGAAAAAUGUCACAUGGCUGAAGAAAGAAAAGAGCAAAAAGACUUUGUGCCUCUGUAUCAAGAUUUUGAAAACUUUUAUACAAGAAACCUUUAUAUGCGGGUGCGAGAUAGCUGGAACCGUCCCAUCUGCAGUGUCCCUGGACCUCAGUUUGACCUAAUGGAGCGCGUGACAGACGACUAUAACUGGACGUACAGGUUCACAGGAAGAGUAAUUAAAGACGUCGUGAACAUGGGCUCUUAUAACUACCUUGGCUUUGCCGAGAAUGACCCCGAGUCUCUAGUUCUGGUGAAGGAUACGAUACAAAGUUAUGGAGUUGGAGUCUGUAGCACCAGACAAGAGAUGGGUCACUUGGAUAAUCACAAAGAACUUGAAGACUUGGUGGCUGAGUUCCUUGGUGUAGAAGAAGCGAUGGUUUUCAGCAUGGGUUUUGCCACCAACUCCAUGAAUAUCCCUGCGUUAGUUGGAAAGGGCUGCCUUAUAUUAAGCGAUGAGCUGAACCACACCUCUUUGAUACUUGGUGCAAGACUCUCCGGGGCAACAAUACGAAUUUUCAAACACAACAAUAUGCAGAACCUGGAGAAGUUAUUACGAGACGCAGUGGUGAACGGGCAGCCUCGGACCCACAGGGCCUGGAAAAAAAUCCUCAUCCUUGUGGAAGGCAUUUACAGCAUGGAAGGUUCUAUAGCUCGUCUUCCAGAGAUCGUAGCUUUAAAGCAGAAAUACAAAGCCUACUUGUAUUUGGAUGAAGCACACAGUAUCGGUGCCGUGGGAGCAACAGGUCGAGGAGUGGUGGAAUAUUUUGGGAUGGAGCCGACAGAUAUUGAUGUAUUGAUGGGCACCUUCACCAAAAGCUUUGGAGCGGCUGGAGGAUAUAUUGCUGGUCGAAAGACCCUAGUGGACUACCUGAGAACCCAUUCCCACAAUGCUGUUUAUGCAGCGUCUAUGCCUCCGCCUGUGACUGAACAAAUCAUCAGGGUCCUGAAGUGCAUUAUGGGACUGGAUGGGACAUUGAUUGGGCUGAAGAGGGUACAACAGCUUGGAGCAAACACCAGAUACUUUAGGCAGAGGUUGCGUGACAUGGGAUUCAUCACUUAUGGGAAUGAGGAUUCGCCCGUCAUCCCAGUUUUAUUGUAUAUGCCAGGUAAAGUAGGGGCCUUUGCACGGCACAUGCUUGAGAAGAAAAUUGGAGUCGUUGUAGUUGGGUUUCCAGCAACCCCGAUCACUGAAGCCAGAGCCAGAUUUUGCAUUUCAGCUGCACAUACAAAGGAAAUGUUGGACAAAGUCAUUGAUGCCCUUGAUGAAAUGGGUGAGUUCCUGCAGUUAAAGUAUUCGCGGCUUUCCCGAUCAGCUCGCUCUGCUGCAGAUGAAAAGACUAACCUCGAUCUUGACGCCUGAGUCAUGGCCGCCCGAAUUUCCUCCAAUGUUUGUGCACAAAAACAAUGUUGCCACUCUUAGAUCACUAUCCUUUGACUAUAACCAUGACUUUUCAGCUUCCAGGUUUUUUUUUUUUUUUGAUUUCAAUUGUUUUCUCGUGUUUUUUUUAUUUCUAUUUAUCCAAGUGUUCAUUUGUUUAUGUGAUGCCAUGCACUGAAAACUGGAUGUACUGUGCUACUGUCCUUCCUUUAUAAGGAAACAAAUUCCAUAUGAACUCAUCUGUCAUAAGAAUUGGCUGCUGUACCUCAGAAGUAUUAAUGCAGCCUCCUUAUUGUUAAUGGCGUGUAAGAAAAUAUUUUUUAAAGAAAUUACAUACUGACAAAAUAAA